UUGGGUUGUUGACAGAGAGAGUUCUUCUUCUUCUUCUUCUUCAACGUCGGAGAUGACUAGUGUGCUUUCCUCCUUUUACCGGCGCCGGAAUUUCUAUUAUCUGCUCGAUCGUCGUCUACUACUUCGCCGCUUUUCUGCUGAAUCUGAUCCAUCAAAGGUGAUUAAACCGGAUUGUGAAGAAUCAGUGGCAAGGGAAUUUUUGGAGCAUCUUCGGGAUAUUCCGCAACAUGAUUGGGUAUCCUGUGAACUCCUUGAUUCUCUCCUUCUAUCUUCUUCUUCUUCUCCUCGUGUGUUCUCGCAAAUCACGCGGCGAUUGGAUUCAUACUCAUUGGCAGUGUCCUUCUUGGAUUACCUGAACGAGAAAUCUGAGUCUCUGAAGCACCGCGAUGAAUCUCUCGCCGUUGCGUUUCAAUCGGUUAUCGAAUACGCUUGUAAGGAACCUGACUCGCGGGAUAAACUUCUAAAACUUUACGAGACUUCUAAAGAGAAGAAAGUCCCGCUUACUUUCAAUGCCGCCAAACUCCUCAUCCGUUGGUUUGGACGUCUUGGAAUGUUGAAUCAGUCGGUUCUUGUAUACGAAGAACUCGAUCCAGACGUGAAGAACACGCACGUGAGAAACGUUUUCAUCGACCUUCUUCUGCAAGGUGGUCUUGUGGAUGAUGCGUUGAAGGUGCUCGACGAAAUGCUUGAAAAAGAAUCCAUUUUUCCGCCAAAUGAAUCAACGGUGGAUAUUGUUUUCCACGGCUGUGUUUCUAAGGGUAAACCAAAGAGAAGGCGUGUGACAGACGAGGAGACUAUACAGUUGGUUUUGAAAUUUGGCGAUCGUGGCUUGUCACCAAACAGUGUUUGGCUGACUCGGUUUAUCACUACUCUGUGCAAGAAUGGUCAAACCCUUGUAGCUUGGGAAACUUUGAGCAAGCUGAUGAAAAACAAAAUUCCCCUGGAGACGGGUCCGUUCAAUGCGCUUUUGACAUCAUUAGGACGGAAUAUGGAUAUUGGUAGAAUGAAUGUUGUCGCUGCAGAGAUGGACGAAAUGGGCAUUCGAGCUGAUGCAGUGACUUUGGGGAUUCUCAUUAACACUUUGUGCAAGUCAUUGAGAGUCGAUGAGGCCUUAGAAGUAUUUGAACAGAUGCGUGGAAGUCAGAGUGAUGAUGGAAACGUGAUCAAAGCUGAUGAGAUCCAUUUUAAUACCCUUAUCAACAGCCUCUGCAAGGUAAGAAGAUUAAAAGAAGCAGAGGAGUUGUUGCUCAAGAUGAAAAUGGAAAAGGGCUGUGUGCCUAAUACAAGAACUUACAAUUGCUUGGUUGAUGGGUAUUGCAGAGCUGGACAGCUUGACACUGCCAUAUCAGCUGUUUCUCGAAUGAAGGAGGAAGGGAUAAAACCGGAUGUGGUUACUCUUAAUACAAUGAUUAAGGGAAUCUGCAGGCAUCUUGGAGUGAGCAGUGCGGUUUCUUUCUUAAUGGAUAUGGAAAAGGAAGGCUUGCAGAAGAAUGUGGUUACUUAUAUGACAUUAAUUAAUGCUUAUUGCAACGUCAAUAACAUUGAGAAGGCUAUCCAUUGGUUUGACCAAAUGGUUGAAGCUGGAUGCUCUCCUGACGCCAAGAUAUUUUACGCUUUGAUCUCUGGUUUGUGCCAAGCUAGACGAGACCAUGAUGCCCUUGCAAUGGUUGAGAAACUGAAACGAGCAGGAUUCGCUCUUGACUUGAUGGCUUAUAACAUGCUUAUUGGAUUGUUUUGUGAUAAGAAUAAAGCAGAUGAAGUUUAUGAGAUGUUAACCGAUAUGGAGGGAGCAGGUAUGAAGCCUGAUUCAAUCACAUACAACACUCUCAUUUCCUAUUUCGGCAAACUCAAGGACUUUGAAAGUGUUCAUAGGAUGAUGGAGAAGAUGAAAAAAGAUGGUUUUUUUCCAAAUGUUGUGACAUAUGGUGCAAUAAUCCAUGCUUGUUGCUCGUCUGGGAAACUGAAUGAAGCGUUGAAGGUCUUUAAUGACAUGGGCUCGCACUCGAAGGUCUUCCCAAACACAGUGAUAUACAACAUUCUCAUUAACGCCUUGUGCAAGCUCGGGGACCUAAAACAAGGGCUCGCUCUGAAAGAAGAUAUGAUGAAGAAAAGGGUGAGACCGAACGUGGAAACAUACAAUGCGUUCUUUAAGAUUCUUAAAGACAAGAACCAAUUUGAGACUGUGCUUGAGCUAUUGGAUGAGAUGGCUAAACAUUCUUGUGAACCAAAUCACAUAACCAUGGAAGUUCUAAUGGAGCUGCUCCCAGAAGUUGGAGAAUCGAAAAGGCUGAAGAAGUUCAUGCAGGGUUACUCUGUUGCUUCUUCAAUCGAGAAGGAUGCACCUUUGUCUUUAAGCCGAUGUAGUAAUGAGACAGCGGUAUAGUAUGUUUAUGUUUCAUCUUUAUAUUUUAGAUGCAAAUUUUUUAAACUUUGUGAUCCCAUUUUUUAAGCUAAUGGAUGCCUUCUCAAUAGAUUCAU